AUGCCACUUCCAGAGGACAAGCAAAUCGUCGAGACGGCUGGCAAGCUCGUCAAGACGUUGCAGGGAGCGUUUGGCACUCCUCCAGAGUAUCGUCCAGCCCAUGCUCGCGGACGACUUCUCAAGGGCGUCUUCACACCCACCCCCGAAGCAGCCUCCCUUUCCAAGGCACCACACUUCAACAACGCCUCCACGCCGAUCGUGGUACGCUUCUCCAGCUCCACGGGCAUCCCGAACAUCCCCGACACGGACGCCAACGCCAACCCGCGAGGCAUGGCUGUCCGCUUCGUCUUGAGUGACGAUGGACACAAGCAUACCGACAUCAUCGCUCACUCGACCAAGUACUUCCCCAUGCGGACCGGCGAGGGCUUUCUGAGCCUCCUACAAGCUAUCGGCAACGGCACAGUUGGGGCUUUCUUGGGCGAGAACCCAUCCGCAGCAGCCUUCGUGCAGGAUCCCAAGCCCUCGCCAGUGUCGUUCGCGACUGAAAAGUACUUCGGCGUGAACGCGUUCAAGUUCAUCUCUAGCGAGGGCAAGGAGACGUUCGUGCGCUACCGCAUCGUGCCGGAGGAGUUCUCAGUCCUAUCAGAUGCCGAGCUGGCUUCCAAGUCCGACUCAUACCUCUUCGACGAGCUACCUGAGCGUCUCUCCAAGGGCCCAGCGACUUUGAAGCUCCUCGCUCAGAUCGCCGAGGAAGGUGAUGUGACUGAUGAUGCUACGAAGCUUUGGCCGGAGGAACGCAAGCAGGUUGAGCUGGGGACGAUCAAGCUGGAGGAGGUCGAGGAGCAGGGCCAGAGCAAGAAGGAGGAGCAGCAUAUCAUCUUUGAUCCGGUCCCAAGGGUUGAAGGCGUCGAGUCCAGUGCGGAUCCUCUGUUGGAGAUGCGUGCUGCUGUGUACCUUACCAGUGGCAGGGAGCGCAGGGCUCUCGAGAAGAAGGAUUAA